AUGCAUAAACAGUAUGGCCCGAUCGUUCGAAUCAGUCCAUACGAACUUCAUGUGAACGAUCCGGCUUUCCUUCCUGUGCUCUAUUCCGGCGGCACAAAACGUCGAGACAAGUAUGCCUGGGCUACGCGGGUGUUUGGCGGGUCAGGCGCGGCUAUCGCCACCGUCAGUCAUGACCUGCACCGUCUGCGGCGGGGAGCGAUGAACCGCUAUUUUUCCAAGGAGAGCAUCCGCCGUCUCGAGCCGAUCCUCAAGCGCAAUUUCGAGAAGCUGUCGCAGAAACUGGGGGAGUUCAAAGGCACGACUAAACCCCUCAACGUCGACCUGCCAUUCGGCGCCUUCACUUGCGACAUCAUUACCGAGUACUGCUUUGGCAAAUCACACAAUUGGCUCGACAAGCCCGGCUUCAACGAGAAAUUCAUUGAAAUGAUGGCUAGCGUGCACGAGAUGAGCGCGGUCGCCAAACAAUUCAACUUUAUGAUUUUAGUGGAUAUGCUUCCGGACUGGUUUGUCGAGAAGCAGGACGCGGGCAUGGCGGCUUUCAUCCAAUUUAGAAGGAUAAUCCAGAUCGACGAGAUCAAGGCCCGGCGAGCGAAAGGCGAGAAAGCCGCGGGUUGGACAGGAGCGGCAAACACCACCAUCUUCGACUCGAUCCUGGACAGCGACCUUCCAAAGGCCGAGAAGGAGACGGAGCGUUUGUGGCAGGAAGCACAGGUGAUGUGCAUCGCCGGCACCGAGACGACGGCCUGGACGUUGUCGGUCUUGACUUUCUACCUGCUCUCCAACCCCGAAGUGAUGCGGAAACUCCGCGACGAGCUCGAGUUGGGUAUACCAGACAUAUCGACAGCCGACGUCGAGAUUAAGGAUCUAGAAAAGCUUCCGUAUCUGACCCCCGUCGGCAUGUCGUGCGGCCUGGUCCACCUGAACCCCGACAUCUUCCCUUCGCCGUUCGAGUUCACGCCCGAGCGCUGGCUGCAAGACCCACACCUGGGCCGGUACCUGUGUUCGUUCUCCCGGGGCUCGCGGCAGUGCGUCGGAAUCAACAUGGCGUAUGCGCAGCUGUACCUGUGCGUGGCGGGCAUCUUCCGCCGGUACGGCGGUCCGAGCAACCCGGGUCCGCUGGGCUACUUGGAGCUGUAUGAGACGACGCACGAGGACGUCAAGAUCCAAUAUGAUCUGUUCGUGCCGUUUCCGAAGAUGGGCUCGAAGGGGGUAAGGGUGCUUGUGAGGUAG